AUGAAUAACCCGGAAGGCAAUGGAAACAUCACCAAAAUAGAUUCAGGACAAUUGAAUGUUAUCGACAUAGAUCAAAAUAUUUUCCGUAACAAAAACUCCUUCCCAGUAAACGAAUCGUAUAGCCAAAAUGACAAUAAGACGGGCACAAAUGGAAACAUAAAAGAUGUAAGAAUAUAUAAAGAGAUGUACGAGGAAAGUAUUAAGAACCCAGAGUUAUUUUGGGGAAAUUUAGCAAAAAAUAGUGUCAGGUGGUUUAAAAUGUUCACGAAAGUAUACAUUGGGAAUUUUAAAAAAGGGAACAUUAGCUGGUUUGUUAAUGGCAAAAUUAAUGCAUGUGAUAAUUGUGUAGAUAGAUGGGUCGAAAAACAUCCAAACAAAACUGCAAUAAUAUGGGAAAAAGAUACACCAAAUGAUUUUAAAAAAAUAAGUUAUCAAAAAUUGUUGGAAAGGACUUGCAAAAUUGCCAAUUUAUUAAAAAUGUAUGGAGUGAAAAAGCAAGAUGUGGUCACCAUUUAUUUACCCAUGAUUCCAGAAAUUGUGUAUACCAUGCUAGCAUGUGCUAGAAUAGGUGCUAUCCACAAUGUCGUCUUUGCUGGGUACUCUGCAGGCAGUUUAUGUGAUCGCAUAUUGGACUCCAAGUCGAGUGUAUUAAUUACAAGCGAUUUUGGCAUGAGGGGAGGGAAAUUAACCAAGCUCAAGCAAAUCGCGGAUGCGGCUAUGGAGAUGUGUGGAGACGCCAUCAAAGUCUGCAUCGUUUUUAAAAACAAAACGAAGAUAAGUGACGCGAAUAGGGCAUACCUGGAAAGCACAUCGAAAAGUCAGUUAUGCCACUCAACCAGCGUCGACUUGAAAGGUUCUGAUAGUUAUUUGGCACAGGGUGCAACCCGCGUGAUAAAUGGCAAGCAAAAUGGUAUGAACCAAAAUGAGUACGAACAAAUGAAUAACAACAAAUGUGACAGUACAAAGGGUUACUUCAACUGUAAGCCCAGUCAAGAGAGGGACAGUGCCUCCGUUUAUGCGUGCCCGCUGAGGGAGGAUGAUUGCGUUGGCGGCGCGGCGAGCCACCACGCGGAGUACGCCAGUCGCGCCAAUUGCGCCAAUCACGGUAACCACGAUAAUUAUGAUAAUCGCGAUAACCAUGACAAGCAUGAUAAUGGCCCCCAUGGCGACCCCCCCCGCUGUAACGGGAUGGACACCAGCAACCACUGCAACGCCCCCCUCGAGGAGAGCACCAACAGCGGUGGCACUAAAGCGAAAGGGGUACACACCCUGCAUAAAAAAAUCUGCAAAAAUAACAACCUAGGGAAGAAAACCCCCACAUCAGAUAAAACACACUAUAGUAACGAAAUUGGCAAUGGGCACAACAAAGGCAGUCUGGAAGGAGAGGCUACUAACAACAUGGGAGACAGGAGCAGCCACUCCUUGGGGAAAGAGUCAUGUGCUUAUAUGAAUUCAGUGAUGUGUAAAUCGUUCAUGGAAACAUCAAAGGAGAGCAUAACAUUUGAAGGGAAAGGUUACCGUAAUAGUGAUUCCAGGAAGAGUAAUUUUGACGAGAAUAUAUGCACGUUAAAAGAAGGUCGAGAUGUAGACGGUUCCGCGUUAAUAAAAAACAUGAGAGCCUACUGUCCAAUAGAAUAUGUAGACAGUGAAGACUUCUUAUGUUUAUUGUACACAUCCGGUUCUACUGGAAAACCCAAAGGUGUAGCGCAUACAACCGCAGGGUAUUUGCUGUAUGCCUACACAACGUGUAAGUAUAUAUUUGAUGUAACUGCAGAUGAUAUUUUUGGUUGCGUUGCAGACAUUGGGUGGGUAACUGGCCAUACGUAUGUUCUAUAUGGUCCCUUACUGAACGGAAUAACCACCAUCUUAUUUUCUUCCAUUCCGACUUACCCAGAUUGUGGUAGAUAUUGGAGUUUAAUAGAAACACAUAAAGUCACACAAUUUUAUACGGCACCUACAGCACUUAGAGCGUUAAUGAAACAUGGGAAUUCUUACAUUGAAAAAUAUGACCUGUCAUCAUGUCGAAUUUUAGGGAGUUUAGAAAUUCUAGAUUCUAAAACGUUGGAACCUUUGAAUGGUCCUAAUGUUUGUGGCUUGUUAUGUAUCAAGAGUCCAUGGCCAGGCAUGCUCAGAACUGUGUAUGGAAAUCAUAACAGGUUAGUAAAAACUUAUUUUUCUUCCUGUCCUAAUUAUUAUUUUACUGGAGAUGGUGCAUAUAGAGAUGAAGAUGGUUACUACUGGAUAUCUGGGCGAAUUGAUGAUACUUUAAAUGUGUCAGGUCAUCGCUUAGGAGCUGCAGAAAUUGAGCAUGCCUUGGUGCAACACUCCUGCAUCGCGGAGGCAGCCGUUGUUUCGUUCCGUCAUGUUGUCAAGGGGGAAGGUAUUCUCUGCUUCGUCGUUAAAAAGUUGGCGGAAAUGGACACCAAGCACGUGAGUUACACAGAUGAGAAAAUUAUAGAAGAAUUAAAAUUAUACGUUAGACGAGCCAUAGGUCCCAUCGCCACCCCGGAUCUAAUUUGCAUAGUGCCUGAUUUGCCUAAAACUAGAAGUGGAAAAAUCAUUAGGAGAAUACUAAGAUGUAUAGCAAACGAGUUAAACGAUUUUGGAGACAUUACCACCGUUGCGAAUUAUGAAGUUAUCGAAAUUAUUGUUAACAAAUUUAGGGAUUCCAAGUUGAAGUGCCAGUCAGGGAUGUAA